AUGGUGUUAGGGAUGCUGGUGGCCAAGAGGCCCAGCGAGAGCAGCACAGAGGACUUCGGCUUCCUAAGCCCCCAUCUGCAGCAGUUCUGCAAAGUCCUUCAUGGGGUGACCUUGACGCUUCCGGGGACGACGGGCUGUGACUCUGCGGAGUGCGUCUCCGGUGCCCUGACGCAGUCCACUUCCGCACGGAAGAGACGGAAGUCCCUCGUAGGGCGCAAGGCUCGGCCCCAUCCAAGCUUUGGUCUGAAUACGGCAGUGAAGAAGCCAGGCAGCCGCUCGCUAAAUUCUAAUAGCCGUCGCCAACUCGGCCUCCAGAGCGCCACCCGCUUCUCGUCUCCCGAGCAGUGGACGGCUGUUCACCUGGGGUGUGAGAACGUCUCCUCCAUCCUUCCCGGAAGGCCUGUGUGUCCCUGCCCUGCGUACGUGCAGCUCGCUGCCUUUGUCCAGCAGCUUUGGAUACCCGGCCAGCGCCCUGGAACUGAAUUUCCAGGUCGUGCCGUGUCCCCACUUGAGAAUGCAGGAGGUCACUGGACACGGACCGAGAUUGGGACCUCUGGAGGUAAAAGCACAUCUGCAAAGAACUGGACACACGCGUCAGCUCUCUUGGAAAAGGUCCGCCAGGCACAGGCCCUGUUGAGCAAUGGGUCAGCCCCAGGAGCUGUGUCCUCCACCAAGGAUGCCAAAGCAUCGCCUAUGGACGGGGCGUUCCUGAUGCUCCUCAAAGGCCCACAGCAGGGAGAGAGGGAGAAGAGGAAGAAACGGAAUUCGGGUGAGAGUCAGCCACUUGGGGAAUAAACUUCGAAGCUGCUGGUCUUGGCAAUCUGCCUUAUUUCACGGGUGCUGCUGCGGACUGGACGUCUGCAUCCCCACAACUGUGAACUGGGACUUGGACCCCAAGGCGAUGCCAUCGGGGUGGGGCCUUGGGGAGGUGCCAAGUCAGAGCUCUCAUGAAUGGGGUCCUUGCAGGAGAGGACGUGGCGUGUUCCAUGACCGCUGGAAG